GCUCCGCCCUGCUCUGGCUCAGCUCCGCCCCUCGCAUGCCGGGGCUGGCUCCGCGGGAGCGUCCGUUGGGUCCCUCGCUGCCGGUGGAGCCCCGGCUGCCGCCUGGCGCCGGGGCCGGCGCGAGAGGAUGCGGCGGUUCGCGCGGGUGGCGCUGCUCUGCCUGGGCUGCGGCGUCUGCUCGCUGCUCUACGGCUUCAGCCAGCUGGCCCUCUCCCUCGAGCAGGAGCCCGGCGCCGGCCGGGAGCGGCAGGCCCGAGACCCCGCCGCGGACGGAGCUCGGCGGCAGGCGGGCGCCGGCCGGGAGGCGGCGGCGAGCGCGGGCCGAGGCGAGGCGGGGGCCAGCAGGUGUAAGAAUUUGUCUGUAUCUUUCUGGAAUUCCUAUUGGAUGCUGCCCUCUGAUGUUUGUGGAAUGAACUGCUUUUGGGAAGCUGCUUUUAGAUAUGAUUAUAUGAAGACACAUCCUUCUGAGAAAAUGCAUCUAGCAGUGGUUGCCUGUGGUGAAAGGCUGGAAGAGACUGUUACUAUGUUGAGAUCAGCCAUUAUUUUCAGCAUCAAGCCUCUCCAGUUUCAUAUUUUUGCUGAGGACCAGUUGCAUGAGAGAUUCAAAGACAUACUUGAUGACUUCCCCUAUGAAGGAAAAGUUAAUUACACAUUAUAUCCAAUAACAUUUCCAACUGAGAGUGCAACAGAAUGGAAGAAAUUAUUUAAGCCGUGUGCUUCACAGAGGCUGUUCUUGCCAUUAAUCCUCAAGCAUGUGGAUUCACUACUGUAUGUUGAUACUGACAUCCUGUUUUUGAGACCUGUUGAUGAUAUUUGGUCUUUUCUGGGAAAGUUCAACUCCACACAAAUUGCUGCAAUGGCACCGGAACAUGAAGAGCCUCGCAUUGGGUGGUAUAAUCGCUUUGCUAGACAUCCCUACUAUGGAGUAACUGGAAUAAAUUCUGGAGUCAUGUUAAUGAAUAUGACGCGGAUCAGAAGGAAGUAUUUCAAGAAUGAUAUGACACCAGUCCGAUUACAGUGGGGAGAAAUUCUUAUGCCACUGCUGAAGAAAUACAAGUUGAACAUAACCUGGGGUGAUCAGGACCUAUUGAACAUUAUGUUUUUCCACAAUCCAGAAAGUCUUUAUGUCUUUCCUUGCCAAUGGAAUUAUCGCCCUGACCACUGCAUCUAUGGAAGCAAUUGUAAGGAAGCCGAAGAAGAGGGUAUAUUUAUUCUUCAUGGAAACAGAGGUGUUUACCAUGAUGAAAAACAGCCAACUUUUAGGGCUGUCUAUGAAGCGAUAAAAAAUUAUUCAUUUGGAGAUGAUCUGGUUCAUUCCCUGUUGCAGCCCCUAGAACUGGAAUUACGGAAAACCAUGCAUACAUACUGUGGAAGAGUAUACAAAGUGUUCAUAAAGCAGCUGACAAAAAGUGUAAGAGACUUGUAUGCCAGAAGAUCAAAGGGAAGGUGAUUUUACUUCAAGCUGUUAAAUCAAGAGACUGAAUUAACAUACUUCUCAGAAGGUGCAAAAAUUCUAAUAUGGCUUGAAUUGGCUCUCACUGUGCCCAGAUAAAAGUUUACUAGCGUAUGUAAAAAUGAAGAAAAUAUUCUUGUCAUGAAGAACAGGAACUUUUUUUCUGCAAAGCUGACUUUUUGCUCUUUUGAAGUUUAAUCACUGCUAAUGUUUAUCGUUAAUACAGUGAUUUAGGUGUUACUGGCUUCUACAGUCAGUAGUUUUAGUCUGUAUAAUUCAGUUAUCUAAUGAUCAAAUGAACAAAGAAGAAAUGAAGAUGGUUCUAUUUGGGAGCGUACCUCAUUGCCUGAAAUUCUGUUAAACUGUGAAUGUAGCAAUAACUGAGGCAGCAGCACUAACCUCACUUUAAAGGUGUGAGCCUUUAUGUAAACAAAAUUGUUUACAAGUGCAGAAAACACUCUUUUCAAAGAAAUGUGAUACAAUAAUUGACAAUCUGUAUGUGCCUUUAUGUGUUCAUCUCUUACAUGUUGAAGUACUGUUUUGACAAUCUUGUUUUGCAUAUCUUAGAUGUAAACUGCACACUAUAAAUACGAUGUUCUGAAAAAUUAAUACCGGUAUGUGAUACUAGUUUUCUCUGUCUGUAGGUGCAGAGACUUUUUAAUGUACAGCAUUUGUUUCAACAUGGUCAAAAGAUAGAGCAGAAUUGAGGAUUGGUGGUUCUUUUUUGGUUUUAUUUUAGCAAAAAAAAUCAGGUUGAAGAUGUUUGUCUUAUAAUACUUUUAAAAAAUUACAUGGUUUUGCAGCUUUAUAAGGCAUUUUGGAAGUAGGAAAAAAAACACCAGUGAAAAGCUGUUGCUUUUGUAUUUCCUUACUAAGAAUUAUUACCUGAUGAUUAUUAUGGAGUAUUUAGUACCGAAAAGUGAAGAGCUGUAGUAAGAGUUCUGAUGCUGCCUCAGACUGUGUAUUAGAUGCGUUUCUUAGAGGAUAUAUCCUGUUACCAUAUUUUUUAAUAACAUGGCUUUAAAAUAGUUUUGGGGAAAACCCUCAACUACAUGAAUGCAUUACCGGCAGUAGGUUGAUAGUGAUUUACAGCAGGCAAGGAUUAGGCUUUCUUUAGUUUCUUAAGUUCUCUUAGUGGAAAAAAAAAAAUUGUUUUGUUUAUGUAGUACAGACUUUCUUUUUUUUAGAGGAAAACAUGAAGAAAAAGGCUGAGUUCUAGUGUUACAGUGAAAUACUAUUUAAACUUGCAUAGUUUGAAAUGUAUUUGAUUUGUAAAGUAUAUUUGAACUUGGAUAACUGGUCUGAGAUGAAGUCUUCAUAAUGUGAGUUUUUUGGAUUCCAGAAAAGUUCCUGUGUGUUGAACUUGGAGGAUCCACUCACUGACUUGCACCUUCAUCCCAAUCCCAUUUUAGAAGCUGAAUUUCUGUGGCUCUUUCCAUGUCAAAGGUGGGCUCGUUCUGACUCCCAGAUCCAUGUGAGCUGGAUGAAUACUUUAGCAGUGCAAAAUACACUCCAUUGUAAGCAGAGUUUAGAUUCUGCUCCUAAUCUCCCUGCUGGCUCAGGGUGUAAAUUUCUGGGAUGGAUCCUGGGAAGCAGUCUGCCUCACAUGCAGUUAUGGUCUCUUUUCCUUGCUAUGUCACCUUUUGAAGUCUGAAAAUCUAGAAAUCUGUGUGAAGGUGAAUACGGUUAUUGACUGAUUUUACAAUAUGCAGUGCAUUAUUUUUUUACAUAAAUACUGAUUUUUAUAUGAAUUUGUCUUCAGCUUUCUUUUUUAUUUGUCCUGUGUGUUUUGUAUUUAAAAAAUAUUUCUUUGGCCUUUUUUUUUGUUUGUCUUUGCAUAAAUGUUCAGAUCUGAUUUUAAUUUUAGUAUGUUGUAUGCAUGUGAAGAUACUGCUUAAAUCCUGUUAAGCCAUUUUAGGAAAAAUGGAAUGUGACCACCAGCAGCAACCUUUCCUCUUGUAUUUCAGGCUUUGUGGGGGAUUAGACCAAAAAGAGUUAAUGUUGAAGCUUAUCUUAGGAUAAAAAUUCUUACUUUGUGCUAAUUUCAAGCAGUGUUUAUUUAGCAUAUUACAGGUAGCAGAAUAUACUGUCUUAUGCCAUAGUUUUUGUAUAAUUUUCAUUAAUAUAAACGUAAACUGCUCACCUCAACAAUCCAUUCCCAAGUAAAAUUCAUGAACACUUUAGAAAACUUAAAAGACAUCAAGUGCUUAGUAGCUUCCAUUAUGUAACUCUGGAGUAUUUGUGUUGAAUAAAUGUUUAGUCCUGUAGUUCCUAUGUCUUAAAUUUAGAAAGAUGACCUACCUUUAAAGAACAAAUCUGACUGACAAAGCAUUUAGAGACAGUGAGAAGCCUGGGAUACUGAGCAGUGUGAUAGAAACCAGUUAUACUCCCAAUCAUUUUAAUAUCUGAUUUAUAAAAUUACAUGCACACAUUUGUAGAAACUUAGAUACAGACAGGAAAUCUAUAUUGCCAUCUAGUUUCAGAAACUGCUUUCUUUGUAGAUACGUUAAGCAACCAACAAAAUAGGACCUGAAAAAUUGUGAAACUUUAGAAAUCCUAUUUUUACCAAUUUAUUUAUUAUAAAUUUCUUUAAUACUAACAAAAUUGUAAAGUUUCAUAGAAAAAGUGAACAUCAGGAAAUGUACUUUCGGGUUAAAUUAAGAUAAAUGUUUUCAUCGUGCUUGAUGUCUGUGUACCAUUAUUCUGUCUCUGUGUAAGAGGGAUCAGAGUCUCAUGGUAGAGGUCUAUUUGAAGAUGUCUUAUCUUGCUUGUUUGAAGUUCUGUCUCUGUACACAGUAUGAAAGGCCAGCUAUCCCUUAAUGAGACCGAAGCACCCUUAUCUAUGGUACUUGCACCUCUGCCUGUUACCAAGCCUUAUGAAAAUGUCUUUCCAGUUAUUUGUAGUUUUGUCAAAAUUCAGACUGAAGGUCACCUUUUAAUGCCAGUUGAAUUUGUUUUGGUAAGAUUUUGAUUUACAUUUAGAAAGGUUAGAAAAGAGGUUUAUAAGAAAAAAAAAUAUUUUUCCUUAUUCUGAUUUUAAGCAGCCUUUAAAGCAGUUUGGAGUUGCCUUUUGCUGGGUUUGACCUAAAUUUGGUCAAAUUGAAAACUUCUGGCAAAAUGUUUGGAAAACUGAACUUUUUUUUGUUGAUUUGUACAAUGUUUCUGUCCAUACUAGGUAUAUUCCAACCACACAGGCUUUCCAUGCUUCUGAUUCUGCCCUCUCCAUAAUAGGAUGACUUUGAAUGCAGUCUUCUUUCUUUUCCUCUUCCCAGAUUACACUUCCCAUCUAGAAAGCAGUGAAGAGGAAAUAACUGCAGUGUAGUGGUGGGAGGAGGGAAUGGUCUGGGUCUGCUUGGAAGGUUUAGAAGUAGAACAGGGAAGAGGCCAAGCUGGAAGUGUAAUGAAUUAUAAAUAUGUGCAUUAUUAGCCUCUCUUUAUUUUAAGCAAAAAUAAGAAUGAAACACUGUUGCUUAUUUGCUGACGUUUGUGGAUGUGGUGAUAUUUGUGGCAGAUUAAAUGGGGUGAAACUGAAUAGUAAAAUCAGUCUUCUACUUUUUAGCGUACCUGUAGGAGACCAGUAGACUUUUGGUUUCUCCUGCCUGGUUUACAAAGGUGUCUCCAAACAUGGACAUACCUGGAAUUUCCAUUUCUUAGAAGUCUUAAGUUCUUUGAUUGUUUUUUGUUUCAAAUUAAAAGAUUUUCAACUAUCAAGCAGGUUUAAUGAAAUAUCCAUUUACUGACUCCAUUUUUUUUUUACCUGAUUAAGUGGAAUACUGCAUAAUUUAAAUGCAUGUGUGGGCUGUUUGUGUCUCCAUUUAAAAAAAAAUAAGUUGUCUAUUAUGAAUAGUUAUUAAAACAUUCUCUCCCAUGGUAUCUAAUGUGAUUACCAUAAUUAUCAUUGCUUCCCUGCCCACUUCACUACUUUGUGAAUGGAUAGGAUUUGGGAUAGCUUCUGUAAUUUUGUGUGCUAAAAUACAUUGCAGAGAAAUAUAAUGUGAAGGUAUGGCUUUUUCUUCACUAGCAGGAAGCAGAAUCUGCUGUAGCAUAAACAGUAGAAGUAUGAAGUAAUGGGAAGGUGCUUCUCAUCACUGUGGAUCUUGGAACAGAGCUUAGAUGUAUCUGAUGUAGCUGUUGCUGUCAGUCUGAGCGCUUCUGUGCACAGAAACACUCAGAAGUGAUGUUGUAACUUGCAUUGUUCAAAAGGAACCUGAAGUGAUUUUCUGUCAUGUUUCUGAUAUCUCUGGAUAUCUUUUCUUCCAUCUCUUCAGUUCUGUUCAGCUGUCGUGGUUUAAGCCCAGCCAUAAACUCAGAACCAUGCAGCCACUUGCUCACUCCCCACUUUGCUCCCUGUUGUGGGCGGGAUGGGGAGGGGAAUUGAAAGAACAUAAACCCCAAGUGUUGAGAUAAGAACAGUCCAAUAACUGAAGUAUAAUAUAAAAUUAAUACUACUAAUAAUAAUGAUAAGGGAAAUAACAAGGGGAGAGAAUACAACCGCUCACCACCUGUCGACCGAUACCCAUUCUGACCCAAGCAGUGAUCUCAGCCUUCUGGGUGACUCCCCCCCCAGUUUCUAUACUGGGCAUGACACGCUGUGGUAUGGACUACCUGUUUGGCUAAUUUGGGUCAAGUGUCCUGUUUCUGCUUCCUCCUGAAUUUCCAUGCCCCUCAUCACUGGCAGACCAUGAGACUGGAAAGUCCUUGAUAAGGGUAAGCAUGACUUAACAUGCUAGUGUUUUAGUUGUUGCUGUCAGCAUUGUUCUCAGACUAAAGCUGAGACACAGCACUGCACCAGCUACUGGAAAGGAGAAAAAUAACUGUUACAGCUGAACCCAGGACACCAGUUAAAUUUAUCUCUAUAUUUGAGAAGAAUAACUUAAAAUUCUUACAAUGUUUUGCACAAAUAACAGCCAAGUUACUUGUUCAGGUUGCCAAAGCAGGCAAAGCAUGAACCCAGCAAGUCAAAUCUUAAAAAAAUUAAACACAAAUGUAUGCACUUUAGGUUCCCUUGGAAAAAAAAGGAAACUGUUGUUUGAUUCAAGUUUAGCUCUACAGAGAAACCCUUACAACUUGCUUUCUGUGUUUAACUGCCAAGUCUUCAGUAAUAUGCAGUUGCUUUGUAGUCCUAGAAGACUACUAGAAAUUAUUGCUCAGCUUUAAAACCAGAUGAUGUUUGCAGAGGUAAUGGUGAAUGUUCCACUUCAGGAAGUGAGGAGAAAAUCUCAUUUUAAAGUAGUUCUCAAAAUCUCUCUCUUGUAACCACUUAAUAGAGCUAGGUAAGAACAGCUUGUCCUCCAAGGUUGUCAUAAAAUUUAAGAUUUGUGGUUCCCCACUGCAUUUUUAAGCCUUUGUGGGCCUAUUAAGAUUUUAAGUUCCUUAAAGGAAUAUUAAAUAAUCAGAAAUUCUUGCAUUGAAGAAAUUCAGUUGUGUCUCUUCAGCUUUGCAGUUGCUUUAUGCACAGCUGCAUUCAGUUCUUUGGAGUCCUCAUUUAAACUUAUGAAUGUGCAUCUUCCUGUAUAUUUGCUGGCAAAUUUCUACAAGGCUCUUUUCUUCUCCCCUCCCCCUUUUCCCUGCACUGCUUUUAAACAAUAAUUCCUAAGCUCUUCUUUCAUUCGAAUGCUUAUAAAAAUGAUGGGAGAUAUUGCGGAGACCUGUAAUUAAAGGAGGACCUAUAGUCCUACUGUGGUUGGAAUUCUUUAUUUUCUUCAGAUUGUUAUUUAAGGAUGUUUGGGCAGGAGGAAUUUUUGAGCAUUUAGUAAAUUAAUUAUGUGCCAUGAGUGAUCAACUGGUAGUUUCUUCCCUGAAUCAGUAUUGUCCCUGUCCUCUCUUAUGAUAGAUGCUUGGCUGCCAUCUGCCUGCUUGAUCUAUAUGACUGCAAAUUCCUGUAAGCAGAGCGACUGUCACUUCUAGAUUUGGAUUUUAAACGCUCAUCCCUUAUCUGGGUGCCACCUCACUUGAGCAAACCUGGGACCUGAUCUGUUUCCACUUUAGGUGUCUAGCCUUGAUUUCAUUUCCUUGUUUUAGUUUCCAACUGGAGCUCUAAGGAUAGAACAGCGAGAUAAGGAAUUGCAGACAUUUUCACAACAGAAACUAGAGAAUUACCUAUUUCUGAAAAAUAAUUGACAAUUUUUAAAUACCCUUCUAUCCUUGAGUCUUAAUUUCUGAUUUGGUAGUUGUAAGGGUCAGCAUCCUUGGUUCAGUCAAAUCAUUUGACUUUUCCUGUGUCGACCCCUUACGUGAAGGGACGGGCGGCUAUCUCCUAAAAGACUGGUUCUGUGUGUACUGUGAACUCCAAAGAAAGGAACGAUCAGUCAUCACUGUACAGCCUUGGUAGACCCCUACCUGAACUCUUUGAAACCAGCAAUAACUGUCCAUUUGCUGCUGUUUAGUGAUAGUGGUUUUAGUGGUCUUCUACUGCUCAUGCUGAAAGGGAGAGAAAAAGAUGCAGUUAUUCAGAUCUCCGUGUUAGUUCCUGCACUGCUGUCUUUCAAAUUCCACAUGACACCUAAAAAAGAACAGGACAAAAGCCAGAUUUCUUUCCCUGGGUCAAAGCCAGAGGGGAAUAAACUUGAUAGCUUCUCGUGGCACAUUAACACAUUCAUUCUCACUCAAAGUCCCUCUGUGCUGUUUUCCACAGCAAAAUUCAUAGAUUUGUUUGCCUUUUCAGAGCAAAGCAAAACACUGGGAGUUUGCUUUAAUGAAUGUCCCCCUAAAACCAAACAGAAUUUUGCUAGGGAAAGAAAGGGACUGUGAAGCUUGUUUGCUAGUGAUUGUUUCUGCACUUCAGACUUCUUUCUGUAACGUCACAGGUACAACUGUGGAACUUGUGUGGUUUCCUCCCCACUCAGAGAAGUGCUGCUAGAUUGUGUUGCCCUUCAUUUCCUCACUUAUUUCUAGCAGUGAACACAGCUUUCUGAAAAUGCUUUUUGUUUAUUCCUGAAUGGCUUUUCUGUUUUAUCUAGUUCAUAUUAAAUUAUUAAACCAAAUGAGAUGAACAAUUUAUUAGAGAAGCCUAAUACAUUUUCUACACCUUCAUAUUCUGGGAGGUCGCUUUCUCUCCUGUUCUUCCUCUAGGUCAUUUAAUAUCAUAUCCUCAUUCUCAGAAUUAUGAUCUGGGUGCAACAGGUUCAUUUUUUUCUGUUAUGUCUGUGUCUUAUGAAUCUUAAUGUUCUGCCAGUCAUUUGCGAACACAUUUUACUAGAACAAGUCACAUUAAAUCAGUCUGUAAUAUUCAUAUGAAUUGCGUUGAAACACACAAGUAGAUGUAGAAGUUAUCCAAAAGUGCAAAUCUUUGUGGUUGAAUUAAUCAGUAUUUAGGGCAUGUAUUUUUUAGGCUUAUAAGGAAAUGGAAGCAAUAUAAUCAGUUUUUAACUCCUGAUUUAAGACUAGGAAAUUAAAUUUAAUUAAAGCUAACCUACUCUGUCUCACUGAGCAGCUGGUGCCUAGGAGACAUUCUGCUUGGAUAUUGUGGGACUUCAGAAGUAUGAUCUCAUGCAGUUUCUGAUGUGUCACUGGCCCUCCUGAUUUUUAAUCUUAAAAUAUUCUGCUAUGUUUUAUUGUUUUGUUUUACAUUUUUAUGCUAUGGUUAGUGUGCUUCAAGGCGAAUCAGGAUUGCAGAUCUAAACCCAAGAAAUAAAAACCUCUUUUGCUA